UGUAGCAUUGACUUUACUCAAUGAAAUUGUGGUUGGAAAGAUGGCGUCCAAGUGCAACCUUUCUGCUUUAUUUCCAAUCCAGAGCCAGUUGGACGACGCCCUGGACAACGCUACGAACCAACAAGAGAAAGAAAACCUUGUCUACCAGUACUUGAAAAAACUAGACGACAAAGAUGACUUGAGGAUUCCCGAUUUUGACGAAGGUCUCGAAUGGCUGAACACAGAAGGCCCCCUUUCUUUCACAAGAGAGCUUGCUGGUAAAGUGGUGGUGUUGGACUUCUUUACUUACUGCUGCAUAAACUGCAUCCAUAUCCUACCUGACCUGCAUCAGCUGGAGAAAAAGCACUCUGUGAAAGAUGGGCUUGUUAUCGUGGGUGUCCACUCUGCCAAGUUCCCCAACGAAAAGGUGCUGCAGAACGUGCAGAGCGCUGUGCUCCGCUACAACAUUACCCACCCGGUGGUGAACGAUGGAGACGCUCGGCUGUGGCAUGAGCUGGAGGUGGCCUGUUGGCCCACCCUGGUGCUCAUUGGGCCCAGGGGCAACCUGCUCUUCUCGCUGGUGGGAGAGGGCCACCGUGAACGCCUAGCGCUCUUCACCAACACCUCCCUUCGACACUACAGGGACCAGGUCCUGCUCAGUGACCACCUUGUGGGGACCAAGCUUUACAGGGACUCUCUGCCCCCAUCGCUUCUUUCGUUUCCUGGGAAGGUAGCAGUGGAUUCCAGUAGGAAGAGACUGGCUAUAGCAGAUACGGGCCAUCAUCGGGUACUUGUGGUGUCCAGCAUUGGGCUGGUGCUUUACUCUAUAGGAGGGCCUGAGAGUGGUAGGAAAGACGGUAAUCUCGACGAAGCAACCUUCUGCUCCCCACAGGGGAUUGUCAUCAAAGGAGAUAUUGUCUUUGUGGCCGACACUGAAAACCAUCUGAUCAGAAAGAUUGACUUGUUAGAGGGACAGGUCAGCACCCUGGCAGGAGUGGGAUUUCAAGGCACAGACAUGGAGGGAGGGGCCAUGGGACCCCAGCAGCCUAUCAGCUCACCCUGGGACUUGGCCCUUGGGACUGCAGGCGGUGAGGAGGAUAACAUGCUGUGGGUGGCCAUGGCAGGGACACACCAGAUCUGGGCUCUGUUCCUGGAAAAUGGGAAGUUGCCUAAAAGAAGCGAGUCCAAAGCGGGGACGUGUGUGCGCUUCGCCGGCAGUGGCAACGAAGAGAACCGCAACAACGCCUACCCCCAAAAGGCCGGCUUUGCCCAGCCCUCGGGCCUGGCCCCCGCUCCGGAGGAGCCCUGGGGGUGUCUGUACGUGGCCGACAGUGAGAGCAGCACUGUGCGCUCCCUGGCUCUGAAGGACGGCGCUGUCAAACUGCUGGUGGGGGGCGAGAGAGACCCUCUGAACCUGUUUGCGUUUGGGGACGUGGACGGGGAAGGAGUGGACGCAAAGCUCCAGCACCCUCUCGGUGUGGCCUGGGCUCCUGACCAAGGCCUCCUCUAUGUGGCGGAUUCCUACAACCACAAGAUCAAAGUGGUGGACCCAAAAACCAGGCAGUGUCUGGUUGUGGCUGGGACAGGGGAAGCAGGUGACGUGUUAGGGCCAGGGUUGACUGAAUCCAGCUUCAAUGAGCCUGGUGGCCUGUGUGUCGGGGAGGGGGGCAGGGUGCUGUAUGUAGCUGACACCAACAACCACCACCUCAAAGUCUUGGACCUGGACACCAAGACUGUGUCACUGUUCCCCAUUUCAUUGGAGGACGCGGUAGACUCUGCACCAACUAAGUCCGCUGGACCUUGUAAAGUCCCCAAGCUCCCCAAAUCUGCUUCUAGGGUGAAGAUGCCACCACUGGCAGUGUCACCAGGACAGACUGUCAACUUGGAGCUGGUGCUAUCGCUACCAGAGGGCACCAAGCUCACUGAAGACGCACCCAGCUUUUGGACCCUGUCAGCAGAAGGUAACGAGUGGUUGGUAGGGAACCAGGUGGUGACCGGGGACAUCCAAAAUCUUUCCCAGCCCCUUUCCAUCCCUGUCAUACUUCCAACGGUUCUCAAGGCGACAGAGUCCAGCCCUUCCCUCACCCUGAGUGUUUGGGUUUACUGCUGUCUGGCAGGAGGCGGGGCUUGUAUGAUGAAAGCCGUCUCCUUCACGCAACCUCUCCAGAUAGGCUCUACACCCAGAAACGGCUCGGUUACCGUGACGCUGGCUCAUGCCUUCUAACUUAACAAGCCUCUAGCCCUUCCCUCUCGUUGGGGCUUUGUGUUUCAAAUAUGUUUCAUUUUUAAAUGAAGAUUCAUGUUUACAAAUGUAGAAAUCAUUUUGAUAGCUCCUUUUGAACACAAACGAUAACAGUAACAAAUCAUUUAUCACAGAAGUUGAUUGACAUGUUUAAACAAAGUAGAUAUAUCAAAAAUAGCAUGGAAAGGGGAAGAAAAGGUCAAACCCGGACUUAAUUCAAUCAACAGACAAAGAAGUUAGAAAAAAAUACCCCCCAAAAGGAUAAGCCCACCCUACCUGCUUCCUUCCCCUUCGGGGUAAAUCCUAUGCAACUUUGUCUUAGAUAAGUGUACUGUACAAUUGACUCAUCUCCCUCCUCUAACUAUUCCCUAAUUCGUUGCUGUAAAUGAGAAUGUGUUCUCAGUCAACUUACCUGGUAAAAUAAAUAAAUACAAUUUAAGGACUUUAAACUUUUUAUCAAACAAUGCCUGGAGUAAAUUAUUUAUUAUUUUAUUUAACUAGGCAAGUCAGUUAAGAACAAAUUCUUAUUUACAAUGACGGCCUAACGUGGCCAAACCCUAACCCAGACGAUGCUGGCCAAUUGUGUGCCGCCCUAUGGGACUCCCAAUCACGGCCGGUUGUGAUACAGCCUGGAAUCUAACCAGGGUCUGUAGUGACGCCUCUUGCACUGAGAUGCAGUGCCUUAGACCGCUGCGCCACUCGGGAGCCCUCAAAUUGAAUGGGUAUUGAUGUAUUCUAAGGUAACCGCCCUGUCUGAAACAGGUAUAUCGGUGUCCAGCGCUUCCUCCCACUUUGCGUUAGUAGGAUCUGUGGAGGGUGGAUAGACGGACUGAAAUGUGUCAUAAUACCGAGAUAUCCGUUUGUUUGAUCCUGAGCACAGUUUAAUGCACCCAUCAAACAUAUAUAUAUAUAUAUACACACACACACACACACACACACAACAUGUAAAGUGUUGAAAUAAAAGAUCCCAGAAAUGUUCCAUAUGCAGAAAAAGCUUAUUUCUCUCAAAUGUUGUGUACAAAUGUGUUUACAUCCCUGUUAGUGAGCAUUUCUCCUUUGCCAAGAAAAUCCAUCCACCUGACAGGUGUGGCAUUUCAAGAAGCUGAUUAAACAGCAUGAUCAUUACAUAGGUGCACCUUAUGCUGGGUGACACUCUAAAAUGUGCAGUUUUGUAACACAACUCUAUGCCACAGAUUGAGAGAACAGGCAAUUGGCAUGCUGACUGCAGGAAUGUCCACCAGAGCUGUUGCCAGAGCAUUAAUUUGUCUACCAUAAGCCACCUCCAACAAAAAAAAAUAGAAUUUGGCAAAACAUCCAACCGGUAUCGCAACCGCAGACCACGUGUAACCAUGUCAGCCCAGGACCACAUCCGGCUUCUUCACCUGUGGGAUCGGCUGAGACCAGCCACCCAGAAAGCUGAUGAUACUGAGGAGUAUUCCUGUCUGUAAUAAAGCCUUUUUUUGUAGAUAAAAACUCAUUCUGAUUGGCUGGGCCUGGCUCUGAAGUGGGUGGGCUUAUGCCCUCCCAGGCCCACCAAUGGCUGUGCCCCUGCCUAUCAUGUGAAAUCCAUAAAUUAGGGCCUACUGAAUUCAUUUCAUUUGACUUGACUUCCUUAUAUCAACUGUGUAACUCCAUAAGAUCACUGUCCAUUCAUUUUAGAUCAGUGAACACUGCUUAGGUAGGCAUUAGGGGAACUAGACUUGGGGUCGAAAUGGAAUUGGGUCACUAUUAUAUUUCACAUGAGGGAGUGCAUGGUUUUCUCUGCACAAGUAUUCCCUGUCUUUAUUUUACAGAAUCUCAGCACCAAAGUGCAUGUAUCGUCUUCCUCUUCACUGUGUGUUUAUGGAUGGGGGAAAACAUGUGGGCUCUAAAUAAGGUUUACAUAAUACAUCCAUAAGCACUCCGUAAUACCUCUAGAAAACCUUUCAUAGACUUUUAUGUCCACAACAACACUGUGUCUGCUGACUGGCUUGGAUUUGUGCCAGCCAACUUGCUUACUUAAAUUAUACUUCAGAGCUGGCAAAACUGGUUACAAUUACAUUUCAACCAAUUUUGCCCUGUUGGUUUUGUCAUAAGGCAUUUACAAAAAGUUUGAUCACACUUAAUCAUUACGCCCACAUUUGUAAAUGUUAGUAACCUAGUUAUUCACACAUUUAUAAACUUUUAUAUUUUAACUGAUGUAUUAAUGAUUCAUAAGAUAAUAAGAUGUUUAAUAUAGGUCCUUUAUAAACCAUUUAGUAAUCAUUAGUUUGUCCCUAAUCUAAAGUGAGGGUUUAGCGUUAGUGUUACCUUCAGCGUUAGUGUUACCAGCACUCAUAAUGCCUUUUAUGAGGCCUACCUCCAGAGGUGGUCGGGAAUAUCGGAUCGUCUACACCUGAAAACAUUUUGGGCACAAUUGGAACGUGGACAAGAUCAGGACAAAGGACGCGUAUUAGUAUCAGGUGUAAACGGGGAUUCUGAUUUCUCUGUCCCAGCUGUCCGGGGUGUGUUUUUAUACUUUCCAAGGGCAGCGCUUUUUACAAACUGGUUUAUUUUAUUAUGCAAUGUAACAAGGGCAAAGUAAACCAUAUUUUAUGAGCCGUU